CGUUAAUCCCACGACAGCGCGUCGCGACGCGUCGACUCAACUCAGAGUCAGACACGGUCGCACUCCUUUGCCUCACAUCCCCAUGAUCGUUCCAAUCAACAUCUCACUCUCGUCACCGAGCGAUGGGAACACUUUCCCGCCACAACUUGCACAGUUCGGGACCGAGGGCCUCGUUCUCAUCGAGCUGCAAGGCAAGCUAGACGUAGUUGGGGAUAGCGAGGGUCAAACGAUCGGAACGCUGCGUAUAGAUGAUGCAACAAAAAAAUCGACCCUACGCAUAGGACACCACCUGUUGGAGGGCAAGCUGGUGAACCUGCAAAAGCCACUCGCUGUCUUGCACCGUCACACUCCUCCUAGCGUCAAAUCUUCAGGAGAAGACUACUCGGAUGCCCCCUCACAUGGGGACUCGGUUUCACAAUCCGCUGAGCCAGUCAGUUGGGAUGUAAUGGCCGUGGUCAAGCGCAAGAUGGUCUUCUCCAGGCGACCGAUGCCGAUGGUGGGAAGGGCAUCGGCAAUUGCACCUGAUUCAAAGGGAGGAACGAAAGCGAAAUGAGGUUCAGGGA